AUGUUCGUGGAGGUUCGCAAGAAAGUGGCGGGUCUCCUUACUGAGGCCGCCAACAACGGGAGCUUGGAGAAGAUCUUGGAGGAUGUGAAAGACGUCAACGAGGAACAGCCAGGUGUCCGGCAGAAAGCAGCUGAGCUUCUCAGCAAGGCUGCGCAGGACGGGACCCUGGAGAAGAUCCUGUCGGAGCGUUUGAUGCAGACGCAGGCACCAGACGUCCGGCAGCGAGCCGCCAACCUUCUCACCCAGGCUGCGCAGGACGGGACUUUAGAGAAGAUCCUGUUGGAGCGUUCGGCGCAGGCACCAGACAUCCGGCAGCGAGCCGCCGACCUUCUCACCAAGGCUGCGGAGGACGGGACACUGGAGAAAAUCCUGUUGAAGAGGACGCAGGUACCAGACAUCCGGCAGCAAGCCGCCGACCUUCUCACCAAGGCUGCGGAGGACGGGACACUGGAGAAAAUCCUGUUGAAGAGGACGCAGGUACCAGACAUCCGGCAGCGAACCGCCGACCUUCUCACCAAGGCUGCGCAGGACGGGACACUGGAGAAGGUCCUGUUGAAGCGGACGCAGGUACCAGACAUCCGGCAGCGAACCGCCGACCUUCUCACCAAGGCUGCACAGGACGGGACACUGGAGAAGGUCCUGUUGAAGCGGACGCAGGCAGUCGACCUGCGCCAGAGAGCCGCCUUUCUGCUGUCCAAGGCGGCGGAGGAUGGAACGCUGGAGAAGAUUCUAGCGGAAAAGAAGGCGCCAGCCUUGGAUGCCAGCCGCGCGCGGGUGGCGCACCUCCUGAGCCAGGCCGCGGAGGAUGGCAGCCUGGAGCGGAUUCUCAGCGAGAAGGCCAAGUCUUCAUCGAAGGAUCUCCGACAGACUGCCGCAUCUGCCGCGGCCUGCUUGAACCAGGCGUGCCAAGAUGGGUCGCUGGAGAAGGUCUUGGAGCAAAUGGCCGCGGCCAAGGAGCAGUCGCUGGAUGCCAGCCGUGUGGCGGUGGCCGGAUUGCUGGGCCAGGCCGCAGAGGAUGGCCGUUUAGAGCAGCUCCUGAGGAGCCUGCAGGGCGAGCCGAUGGUCUAUCAGGAUGAUGUGGCGAAUAUCCGCGAAGCAGCUCGGGAGUCUCUGCUGGAGGCUGCGUUCGAUGGCUCCUUGGAGCGGGUGGUUUCUGACCUGAAGAUUGAGAAGGAACGGCAGGCCAAGGACGGCAUCCGCCUGAAAGCUGCCCAACUCUUGGAAGAGGCUGCUGACAGUGGCGCCCUGCAACGAGCAGUCCAGGAGGUGAAGAACGACAGAUCUUCAGGCUUGUCUUCCAGAGACAAGGCGGCCAAGUUGUUGGAGGAGGCUGCAGAGAGUGGCCAGCUGCAGAAGGUCCUACAGGAGCUGAGCGCCGGCCGAGCAUCUCCUCGGAAGGAGACGUUGGCGGAGGUGCAGAAGCGUACGGCGCACCUCUUGGCCCAGGCAGCCGACAGCGGGGAGCUUGAAAGAGUGCUGGCAAAGAUUUGCCCGGCGAAUGAGGUGGAGUUGGGCAUCAGGAGUCGCGUUGCGCAAACCUUGAUGGAGGCCGCCGAAGACGGCCGUCUCCACGAGGCCCUCCGCAAUGUCAGGCCGCAGGAUCGCCUCGCCGCAGUGCGUUCCAAGGUCAAGCAACAGCUGGAAGAGGCGGCGUUGGAUGGGCGCCUGGACAAAGCCUUGCAACAGCUACGCCAGGCUCCCUGGCACACGGCGCCCUCCGUGGGCACCUGGUACAUGGCCUACACCCCCUUCGAUCCCCCUGCUCCAGCAGAGCUGGAACCCUCGCUGCGCCAGCGUCUGGCCCAGACCCUGACGCAGGCUGCGGAGAACGGCGAGCUGGAGAGCGCGCUCUUGGCUGUCCAGGACGAGGCGUGA